CUCAGUGCGGAAUCGUAUUGCUUUAAACUACAUUGUGUUGCAGAUUGUGAAGUGAAACGAGUUCAGAUAUGGCGCUGCGUAUUACAAGGAGCACUCGGCUGCCCAGCAGUGAAAACCAGAAUCUUGUGGCUGGGAAGGCGGUCGGCGUGAACAAGCCCGUGCUGAGGCCCAGGGCCGCGCUGGGGGAGAUCGGGAACGCCGUGCUGCCACGCCAGCCUCUCAGGAAAAAGGAUGUGAAGGUUGCACCUGUGGUGGUUGAAGAAAAGGUUCCUGAGCCAGUUCAACAGCCAAAGCAGGAGCCAAAGCAGUUGCCCAAAGUGGAAAAUGAGGUGCUUUCUGAGCCAUCCUCCCCUGUGCCCAUGGAAACAUCUGGCUGUGCCCCAGAUGAGCUGUGCCAAGCUUUCUCUGAUGUGCUUCUCAACAUCAAAGAUGUGGAUGCUGAUGACUACGACAAUCCCAUGCUCUGCAGUGAAUACGUGAAGGACAUCUACAAAUACCUCCGGCAACUUGAGGCUGAUCAGGCUGUCAAGCCAAGGUAUCUGGAAGGAAGAGAAGUCACUGGGAACAUGCGUGCCAUCCUCGUUGAUUGGCUCGUCCAGGUCCAAAUCAAGUUUCGGCUGCUACAGGAGACCAUGUACAUGACCGUUGCAAUCAUUGAUCGCUUUCUCCAGGAUAAUCCUGUUCCAAAGAAGCAGCUCCAGCUGGUUGGUGUUACUGCCAUGUUCAUCGCCUCCAAAUACGAGGAAAUGUACCCACCCGAGAUCGCAGACUUCGCCUUUGUGACGGACCGCGCAUACACCACUGCUCAGAUCCGGGAUAUGGAGAUGAACAUCCUGAGAGUUCUAAAGUUCAACUUUGGCAGACCUCUGCCGCUCCAGUUUCUUCGUAGGGCCUCAAAAAUCGGAGAGGUCACAGCUGAGCAGCACACUUUGGCAAAGUACUUUGUGGAACUGACCAUGGUUGACUACGACAUGGUGCACUUUGCUCCCUCUCUGGUUGCCAGUGCUGCUUUCUCACUCAUGCUGAAAGUCUUCAACUGUGGUGAAUGGACCCCCACACUGCAGUAUUACAUGGACUAUACAGAAGAUGCUCUCAUCCCCGUAAUGCAGCACAUUGCUAAGAACGUUGUCAAAGUCAAUGAAGGCCUCUCGAAGCACCUGGCUGUUAAAAACAAGUACUCGAGUCAGAAGCAGAUGAGGAUUGCAACCAUUUCUCAGCUCAAGUCUUCAAUGAUCAAAGAUCUUGCCAAGCGAGUCUCCUAGUGAGAUUGGAACAGACACUAGCACUAUGUGCUGACUUUUGUAAAUUGUAACUUAAUUGCAUGCUUUUACUUGAUGUUUUAAUUGAGUUGUAUGGAUAGUGAUUUUAAGGUUGUGCAUUUGGCCAGGAUGUUAUUCUACACUGCCAAUGUCUUGGUAAAUGUAACCUGUUUAUGUGUUAAAGACGUGCAAUCUUUGUACAUUCUUUAAAAUUUUACAAUAAACAUUUUAAACUUUAA